UUUCUUUGCCACCGGACCUUUUCUCUUUCUCCCCCUCUCUUUCUCUCUUUUGCGUGUCUUCUAUUUUAUAGACCGUUUCACCUCUUUUGCUUACGGGAAUCUCUUUGUAUUCAUCUUCUAUCCUUCCCAGGCAGUAGAAGCGACGAGAUUCUGAUAUUUUGAGCCUGCUUUGGUAAGUUUUAGGUUACGGGAGGUUUGGGGGAUUUGAGUGAAAUGGUUGGUAAAGAAAACUUGAGGACUGAAGAUUUGAAUUUGUGCUUUGAGAAACCCAUGAUGCUUGUUGCUGGUGAUGGAAUGGACGUUGGUGCUAAAGGAGUUCAAAUGGAUGGUGGGGUGUUAGCAGGAUGGAAAGAUAUUCCUAUGGAGCUUCUGUUGCAAAUACUAUCGCUUGUUGAUGAUCGAACUGUUAUUGUAGCUUCAGGCGUGUGUCGUGGAUGGAGGGAUGCUAUUUGCUUUGGCCUUGCCCAUCUUUCCCUCUCAUGGUGCCAAAAGAACAUGAACAACUUGGUCCUAUCCCUUGCUCCUAAAUUUGCAAGACUGCAAAAUCUAAUCUUGCGCCAAGAUAAACCCCAGCUUGGCGACGAUGCUGUUGAGACCAUUGCUAGUUACUGUCAUGAUCUGCAGGUCCUGGACCUGAGCAAAAGUUUCAAGCUCAGUGAUCUCUCGUUAUAUGCUCUGGCUCAUGGUUGCCGUGAUCUUAAGAGACUUAAUAUUAGUGGUUGUACUGCAUUCAGUGACACUGCACUGGCUUAUCUGGCCAGUUAUUGCAGAAAGCUAAAAGUUCUUAAUCUUUGUGGAUGUGUCAAGGCUGCAUCUGACACUGCAUUGCAGGCUAUCGGACAAUACUGUAAUCAUUUGCAGUCUGUAAAUCUUGGAUGGUGUGAAAAUGUGACUGAUGUGGGUGUGAUGAGUUUGGCGUAUGGAUGUCCUGAUCUUCGAAUCCUAGACUUGUGUGGCUGUGUUCUAAUUACAGAUGAUAGUGUGAUUGCUUUGGCAAAUAUGUGUCCUCAUCUGAGGUCCCUUGGCCUCUACUAUUGUCAAAACAUAACGGACAGAGCUAUGUACUCUUUGGCACAUAGCUGUAUAAAGAACAAACCCACAAAAUGGGGAACAGGGAAAGGCAAGAAUGAUGAUGAUGGUCUUCGAACUCUCAACAUAAGCCAAUGCACAGCUCUCACUCCCCCUGCUGUUCAAGCAGUCUGUGAUUCAUUUCCAGCUCUCCACACCUGCUCGGGUCGCCAUUCUCUCAUCAUGAGUGGCUGUUUAAAUUUGAUCUCUGUGCACUGUGCUUGUGCAGUCCAAGCUCACCGUGCGGCAACUGCUUUUCUUCAUUCAGCUCAUUGAACACGAGAGCGAGUUUAGAUUAUUAUUAUACUCGAGGACUACCCUUUUCCGGAAAAUCAUGAUGUGGUUGUUCCUCGGAAGAGUGGGAUCUUGGAUCUGAACAUUUGAGAACUUUGUUAUCUGAAGUCUCUCGGUCUUUCUUCUUUUCGUCUCUAAAUAUGUAGCCUAAGGACAUUGAGAUGCCAAGCCUAUAUUUGUUUGGAACACAUGCUUGGUAAUCUAUGGAAAUGCCUUGAAUAUCAUAAGUAAGACUCUUGGUAAAGAAAAAAACUGCAACAGAGCACUUAACAACUAAAA